AUGGCUGCCGAAUUGAGUGAGCAUCGAAGUCAAUUCAGAAAAGAUUUGGAGGGCAUUUUGCCCGAGGAGCUGGACACCGACUUCAAUGUGGAUCGAUGGAUUAUGAACCAUGAAAAGGUAGGACAAGCUGUCGUAUUUUAAAAAUACUAUGACUGGUGUAAAAAUUUGAUUUUCCAAUAUUUUGAAAUUUGAAAUUGAAAAAAAAAAUUUCAAAAAAAGUAAAUUUUUUUCUACUUUUCAGAACGUUGCAAGUGCCGUGGCUAAAUUCAAAGAAUACGCGGCCAAUCGCAAAGCUCUCGGCUAUGAUAAACCCGGAAGUUUGGACAACUUUUACGAACGAGUCGAUGUGAAAGAGUACUACGAUUUCUUCAGUUUGUCCCGUUUGGACUCUUCUUGGGUUAACCCGCAAGACAAUGGAAUCGUCUUCUCGGAAACAGGAGUCCCCGAGCCUGGCAAGGUACGUAAAUUUUCAGGAAAAAAAUAUGAGCAAACUAAAUUUUUUUCAAUUGAAAAAUAAAAAAUUGACUGUCGAAAAAUGGGUUUUUUAUGGCGGGUUUUGGCAGAAGUGGGCUCGGUCGUAAAUCUAACGACAAUCUGAGCGAAUGUGGCCGCUAUAACUGAUAUUUGGAGUCGUGGUAGUUCCUGAACGCCUUGAAGUUAUUAUAAGGCUUGCCUUUACAACGUUGGGCGGCGUAUUUUUAAAAAAUCAGGGUUAUGCCCUUUUGAAGACCGCAAAGUUACAAAAACGCGCACAGAAGACUCGCUCGUAUUUUACAAACCUUUUUUAUUGUUUUUUACCUUCCUCUGCCACUAAUAUUUUUAUGUCUUGCAUUUCUAUAAGAGAUACAUUUUUCCGCUCAAAAUUUGCAAAGAAAAAACACAACCUUUUCUCUGACCACUCCGAAUUUUGUUCAGAAAUUUAUAUGUAGGCAAAGUCUACAAAAUGCAUAACAAGUCUACAAAAAAGAAAAUCGAAGCUUCGCACUUGAAGAACUUUCCUUCCAGAGCAUUUUCAGCGCUAAAAACUAUCAAUUUUUGUAGGUAGUAAAAUCGAUCAGAGUUGGAAAUUACCUUAAAGUUUUCUUCGGCUACUGCGAGUACUUCCAACGGAUCGUAAUGGAGCAUGAGAAGAAAACCGGCAAAAAAUCGCAUGGAAUUUGUAUUUUUGAUAUGAAGUUGAUGAGCAUGCUGAAUUAUGCCAAUCCCGUCUCGCCGAUCAAUCGGAUGUUUCAGGUAAAAUACGAGGAACGACAUAAAAGUUUUAUUUUAGUAUCGAGUAGAGAUCUGGUUGGAAUAUUACGGAGAGCUUUUGAAGCAUGUCAUCAUCGCCAAUCCACCGAGAUUUUUGGGAGCCGUUUUUAAGGUGAGUUGAGAAAUUUGUAGUGGCAUGAAAAGGCAAGUAUUAGGUUUUAAUUUUUUUCAAGAUUUACUUGAUGGGUAAAAUACGGAGUACCCUGUAAAGUUUGUAAUAGAUAGUUUCCGUUGUGCGGAGGUUUUUUAUAUAGAGGUUCCUAUAUACGAGUCCACAUGAAAAAGCUUGUUUGUUCAAACAUAUCUCAUGAUCUGUCGCUUGUGAAAGAUCGUUGAAUACCUCGUUCCUAUGUUCAUAAAGAGCGGUAAAAUCUUUAAGAGAUGAUAAAUGACCUAUUUAGAUUAUAAAAGCACGUUUGAAAAAAAUCUAGACGUCAUGUCCCGGGUCGUCUACAAAAAAAUUACAGGAUUAACCAGGUCUAUUCUUCCCAGAAGAUUUUGGUAUAAGAAAUGUAAUCCUACAAUGCGUAUUUUACAAUCAUCUUAACCUUUUCAGAUAAUGUCAUUCAUCCUACCAGAGCGAGUCAUGGACCGCUUUACAUUUGCCCACAAUACCGCGGAAAUGGCGAAAGUUUUGCAUCCCACCGCGAUUCCCUUGGAAUACGAGGGAGAUAAAGAGUUCCCCAAUGCUGACUAUCAAAAUGGAUGCGACAAACCCAAGGAGAUGGGCAAGGACGAUUAUCUGGUAAGGGUUUGAAUUUUUAAAAUAUGGACAUUUUAUACGACCAAACAUUUUUUAUGGUGAAAAACUAAAAUUUUUGGCUAGAAAAAGACUUGUAUGUAAAGUCAUAGAUAAAAAAAAAUUAAGGUAAUGGCUUCUUUGUUUUGCAGAUAAUUCAAUUUGAAAUUGAAUUUAACCUAAAUUUUCAAACAUUUUAUACGAUAAGAUGCCGUAAAAAAUCAAAUAUGCAUAUAAAUAGAAAUAUUAAGCAAGCGUAAAAUACGACGAAUCAUUUAAUAAUUCAUUUUCAGACGGAUGGCCUUGUAUGGCAAGAAAAUCACAUAACUGGAGUGAAAUACGAAACAUUCUACAUUAACAGUUCUGAAGCAUACAGCAAGACAUAUGACGCCAAAAAAGGACAAAAACUAGUCUAUGAAUUGAUGGCCAAUCGAGAUUUCGAAUUCUGUAUUUUCACUGGUAAGUUUUGAGGCUUGAUUUAUAGGGCAUCCUAAAACUUUUUUUUUGUUUUGCUAAUGGUUUGUGCAAGGUAGAAGGGGAGUGACUAAAAGUUAUAAAAAACUUAUAAAAACUUUUUUCUGUCUGACCUUCUCUCUUCAUUUUAUGUACAGGGUGGGGCAUCUUUGUGGCCCGAUUUGAAUUAGCUAUAACUUCUUUAGUUUUUGGCCAAAUCUUAAAAUUCUUUUUUUCCCUGAAUCCUCUGUCAACCCCAUUUUGUUUGAUACCAAAUAUGUUAUAAAUAGUAAGUGUAUAUCUACAGUUAUUGGAUUUAUUCUUGGAGUUUAUUUUUUCGGUCGUUUUUCGGUUGUUUUUUCGGUCUUUCCCGGUGUGUCCGGAAAUGGAGUACGGUGCGGAAGAAAAAUACGGUGCACGGCAACCCGAAAUAAAAGAAAAAUGUUUCCCGCCCACUUUUGAGUUUCGUCCAAACGAAGUGUCAAAAUUGAGAACAGAAAUAAAAUAAUUCCGAGAAAAAUAUUUUUCGGUCGGAAAAACCCACAAAAAAUUCUUUUGUGACAUUUCGUUUGAUUUCAACCGAUACAAAAUGGGCGAAGUAUCGAAAGGAGCCAGGAAACACUUCGGGUUGCCGUGCGGUGGGAUUUCCCCUUCCGAAAAUCGACGAUGAGAGUAAGAACAAAAAGUGAAGAUCAACCUCCAGAGUUCGUCGAAGGGGCCUUAGUGAAGGCAUUCCCUCGGUUCUGGCCAAACUUCGUGCAGUCAUAUGCGGAUUUUCUCGGAAUUUUGAUAAAACUUCUUCAAUUUUCGGCUCCGUUCGUACCCAUCUUUCCUGCUUUUUUUGUUUCCUGUUAACGCCGCCAAUCUCAAGGAACUUAUUCCACGAACGUCGAAUUGUCUUGCGAUCUGGAAGUUGGGCAUUACGUCCGUAUUUCAUGCGGCAUUCCCUUUGAACAUUUAUCGCCGAACCGUACUUUCCGUACCAAACCACUGACCAAGCUUUUUCUUCCACACCGCGGUGCACCGUACUCCAUUUUCGGACACACCGGGAAAGACCGAAAAAACAACCGAAAAACGACCGAAAAAAUGAACUCCAAGAAUAAAUCCAAUAACUGUAGAUAUACGCUUAAAAUGUAUAACAUAUUUGGUAUCAAACAAAAUGGGGUUGACAGAGGAUUCAGGGAAAAAAAGAAUUUUAAGAUUUGGCCAAAAACUAAAGAAGUUAUAGCCAAUUCAAAUCGGGCCACAAAGAUGCCCCACCCUGUACUCUCUCGUGAACUGAGAGAUGAAAAUUUCAGCCCCGCUAAGAAAUACGAAAUAAAUUUUUUAACACUUGAUUUUUGGAUUAUUCAUAAAAUAUAUGAAAAUUUGAUGACAAUUUUUCAAAAAAAAUUGGUUCGUUUUGGUUGGAAAAAACUUAUUUUUUCUUGUUUUUCAGGUAAACACGAAUAUCUCCAUCCCCGAUUCAGGAUGAUUACCCCAGUAUUGGCCGAAGAGGGAGUCAUCGAAAUCGACAAAGACUCCAAAGUGACUGUGGAAGUGAAGAACUCUUCCAAAAUGAUGAAAAUGAAACUCAAAAUCGCGGUGCAGCUUGUUUGA